AUGGCUCGGCUCGUCCGUCUUGCGGGUCUUUCGCCCAACGGCCUUGGUCUAUGGUAUCAUGCGAAUUCUAUGUGUCGCCGAAAAGCCCUCGAUCGCGCGUGCAGUUACCGAGAUUCUCUCAGGAAACCAAUUCACAACGCGCCAAUCACCGAACCGAUACACGAAGAAUUUUGA